UUGACAUUGUAUCACGUAGGCUUGUACGUUUUUGUUUCGCAAAAAACACUAAUGUGGCAGAUCAAAAUACCCGUCGAAACGAUGAAUGAUUUCAAAUGAGUAGUAUGGACUCGUAGUUUUAUGGUUGCAGAUCUAUGGCCACCUCAGCUGAUUUCAAUGACGACAUAUCCUGUACAAUCUGUCUCAACAUAUUUACGAAUCCACGGUCCUUACCAUGUGGGCACACGUUUUGCCACAACUGUUUAGAUGAGCACAUUAACAAGACCGUCACUAGGAGCACAUUCAGUUGUCCGAUCUGCAGAUACUGUGCCAGAAUCGUCAGCAGAAACGAUGAUCAAGACAAGACUGAGUCCUGGCGGAACAAUUCCCAAUUAACUACGCACUCGUCCAGACCGUCGAUGCCAUGCAGAAAUUACAAACACAAUACAUCAAAGCCCAGUUGAAAACGGACUGUGAAAACCUGGAGCGGUCAUAUCUGCUGGCAGGACGAAACACUGAUCGACAAUGUGAACAGCAACUUCAACAACUAGACGUGAAUGUUACCCAGAUUUCAGAAAACAUCGAUAAAACAGCGGACGAAACAAUUGAACAGCUAACAUCUGCAAUUCGUUCUCAUCAGAAGAUCUUGCACCAACAACUCGUCAACUGUCAUGAAACUGCUCAAACAAAAAUACAAGAAAGAUCCAGACGGACAAAAGCAUUGUUAACUGGACCGAAAGACUGUUUAGCGUCCGUUGACCAAUUGUUUAAUGUCUCAACAGUUUCUGAGUCUGAAAUAAAAAAUGAGAGAGAAAAGGUUGAACUACUACUUAAAACACUGACAGGUUUUCACACAUCCCAGGAUGAAGUUUCUCCUCAUAAAAUAACCUUUACUAAAUCUAACAAUGUAAUGAACAUUUCCACCCAUUUCGGUACGCUGAAUCAAACGGAGGAACACACAGCGUCAUCCAUGAAUGCAUCAAGUGGAUCCAGACAGGCACUCCAACAAAUAGAUCGAGAAAAAGACAGUCUCCAGCUUGUUACUACUAUUAACGCAAGUCACAGCUCUGAUACAUUCGAUCCCGUUCUGACAGCCAUUGAUGUCCUACGUGUAGGAGGUUCAGUGAAGAUACUCGUUGCAGACAACAACAACCAUUGUGUCAAGUCAUUCAACCACGACGGCACACUGCACUGCAUCUACAAACCCAACGGUAUACCUAAAGGUCUUGUUAAGUUUCGUGACAAUGAAGUGGUUGUAACUCUUCCAAGACAGAAUCAGAUUGUGUUUCUGAAGGUUGAUGACAAAAACAUCACUCUGAUAAAGAGAGUGACAACUGUGAAGUCAUAUGCAAUGAUAACGGCUUUACCAAACUCCUGUCUGGCCGCUAUUGGAAAUAUAUGCUACGAUUUACUUUUUCACAUUAUGGAUCAGAACUGUAACGUGGUCUGGUCUGGAUGUAAUAUUAUACAAAAUACGUAUCCCUCGUGUAUUACGGUGUUGGAUGAUUGUUUGCUGUUGCAGUCAUGUUCACGUGAUGUGAAAUGUGUAACAACAUCAGGUGACAUCAGAUGGGAGCUAAAUUACACUGGUUUUGGGAUCUGGGGCGGCAUCACAUGCGACAACAAGGGGUUCAUUUAUGCUACUGAUUCUGAUAAAAAUGUAGUUGUUCAGCUAACAUCCAGUGGUAAAUUCGUACGUAACAUCAUCACCCAGAACCAGCUGUCUUGUCCCAUGCCUAUCUGUUACUACCAUGAUCAACUGUAUGUGGGUCAUACAAAGGGGGAAAUAAAAGUUUUUACCUGGAAGACAAAAUGAUCAACUGUAUAUGGGUGAGAAAAAUGGUGAAAUAAAAGUGUUUACCUGGUCGCCACACAGGUGGACAUGAAGCCUAGGAAUGUAUAUUUAACAACACUGAUCAUAUUUUAACUGCGAUAGAUGUCUACCAUGUUCAACACUUUUAUUCGGUCUACUGAGAACAAAAUUAUAUUGCAGGUAUACCACUCUUACUAAAUUACUGCAAGGGUAUAUAAUAUGUACACUUUUUUUGACAAGGUCUAUGCAUGUAUUUCAUAUUUACCUAUUUAUAUACCGUUGUUGGCUAGACUAGUAUACGGUGGGCUUAAUAAUAGAACAUAAUUUUUUGUUUAUCUCUACAGGUAUAAAUAACAAUAUUUAUUUAAUAUGUAAGUAUCUUAGGAAUAUACUUUUUAAAGUGCACAUUUAACAAAAUUAUUAAUAAGUUUUGUGAUUAACUUGGUAAAGAUAAUAUCAUGUUGAAUAUAAUAAUUUUAAGUGCACAUUACAUUUAUUAUUAAUUUACAUAUGGCUUAAUAGUAAUUAAUAGUUUAACAACAUCAAUAAUAAUAGUCAUAAUAAUAUUAUCAAUUAAAAGUAUAAUAAUUUACACAUUUUCUGAUUCUCAACACUGCACACUUCAUGCACUCAACAUACUGUGCUUGGUAUCACAAACAUUUUGCACCCCUGUUUUGAAAAUCUAUGUAUCUACUCUCAUAACAGUUACAUUAUUGAAAUAUUCCACUGUGGAACAAACAAGAUACUAAUAUUUAUUAAUUACACUGAUAUAACAUUAAUAUUAUGAAGUGAAAUGCUGUCCAACACAUAUCUAGAAAUAUAUGAAAUAAUACAGUUUGAUAUAUAUAUAUAUGUAAGUAGUCAAUUGGUCUGAAAGUUACACAAGUGAGACUGACAUAAACUAAACUUAUGUAAGUUAAUAAUAAAUGUAAUGUGCAGUUAAAAAUUAAUAUAUUCAACAUGUGCAACGAAUAGGAUAGCAGACAGAAAAUUAACAGUCAUUGAAAUAGGGCUAUAUUAUAAAAAAAACUUUCUUAUAAUAUUUAUUUUGUAAAGUAAUUCUAUGUAACAGUCUAACUGAUGUUUUGACACAAAUGUGCUACCCCCCCCCCCCCCCCCACACCCACACACACCUAUUCAUUACUUUGAAUAUGAAUGUCUCUAUAUUGUGUAUGUGUAGUAGCUAAAACCAGUUUUGAAACAGGGUGCACAUUUUAACAGUGUAGCUGUGUGAACUUAAUGGUGGGAAUAUGAUGGAAUUUUGUGAUCAAUUAUUAGUUUGCACCAAUUAUGUAUGCUGUUAAUAACUGAUACUAAUAAAUGUAAAUAUAACUAAUAGGGUACUUUCAAGUUUGAUAAUACACCUUUCAUUUAAUUUCAAAUUAUUUUCGUUCUUAUAUCCAAUUAAGGUUCAAGCACGCUGUCCUGGGCACACACCUCGGCUAUCUGGGAUGUCUGUCGAGGACAAUGGGUUAGUAAUUAGUAGGUUAGUGGUUAGUGAGAGAGAAGAGGGUGUAUGGGUUGGAGCCGGUAUCGGGCUGCGAACCAUGUACCUACCAGCUUGUAGUCUGAUGGCUUAACCACUGCACUACCGAGGCCGGUCUCGUAAUACACCUUUUUUGACCGCAAAACUAAAAGGGAAGUAACUCUGUUUUGCUUUGGUUGGAAACUUGUACUUGAUUGAUUGAUCAGAUGGUAAACGUGAAUAAUGCUUGUCCUUAAUUUGUAAAAUUGUACUUGAUCAGCUGAUUACUUGAUUAAAGAUACAGUGUGUGACAAACGUGAUUAAUAUAGAUAUAUCUUUAUAUGAACAACAGUUUGUGCGAAAACUUGGGUCUGUUUUAGUGACUAUUUCCAACAUAAAACCCAGGAUAUAAUAAUCAUUUAACAUACCUUACAAAAAGUUUGUUUUUGUUUAACAAAACUACUAGAGCAUAUUGACUGAUUGAAGCAUACAUUUAUUAUUGGGCUUUAUACAUAAAUAAUGCAUACAUUGUGUCUAUCGGCCUCGAUGGUGUCGUAGUUAAAUCAUCGAACAUAAGGCUGGUAGGUACUAGGUUCGCCUCCCGGUACCGGCUCCCACCCAAAGGCCACUACACCGACUCUUCUCUCGCCUAGCCACCAACCACUAACCCACUGUCCAGAUGGCGGAGUAGUUUGCCCAGGACAGCGUGCUUAACCCUCAAUUGGAUAUAAGCACGAAAAUAACUAUGAAUGAAUGAAUGAAUGAAUGUUGCACAUUAGGUGCAGAUUAACAGUGUAAAUGUAACCACCUUAUGUUUUAGCAAAUUCAGGUCAUUGCAAAGCACUAUAAGCUUAUAAUAAUAUUGCAUUCAUAAACACAUUUGGCUUUCUUAAUUCUGUUUAAUAGUUGUGGUACAUGUAUAUAUAAUGCUAGGAUCAGACUACCAACUGCUAGCAGAAAGUUGGCCAAUUUUCUGCUCUCAUGACUUCUACGACUGUCCAUUUGCGACUUCUACGACGGCCGUCGUAUCCGAUUCAAAAAAUUAAGCGGCCAUACAUGGCCUCAGAUUACAGUUAUCUUCCCAUUUGGUUGUCGAAAAUCCGGAAAUUUGACCGCGCAAGUAGUCUGCUGUUUGACUGUGAUUAUUUCAUGGCAGACAGCUAUGAAGUGGCAACUGUUUG